GGAGAAAUUCGUCAACCAGAAAUAGGCACCAUGAAUGUGCAUGUUGGGAUAGCAUCGGAAUUCAAUGCGAAAAUCAGUUUGUCACUCGCUAUGGAUUUGUUUGUGUGGAUUCUCUCCCCUUGUCUACAUAUGUAUUCAUACAAUCAGUAAAAUUGACAAAUUGGCACUGUUUGUUUGUUGUUGUUGCACGACUGUCGUGGACAGUUAUUAAAAUUGUGAUGUGAUUUCAUUCAUGGACUGACUGGGAUUACUACUUGACCAUAACAAGGUGAUGAUACACAAACAAAUGAAGACAGCGCCGUCAAUCUCUGACUCUCGUUAAAAUCUGUCUCGCAGCAACGUUUUGACUCAAACUAACCAAACAGAGUUAUAAAACUAGAACAGGUUUCAAAGGAGAAACAAAAUUUGCAUAACGUAUAUGUAUCUGAUACCAUUACAAAAUACCUACUUUAGAUUGAACUUUUUUCUUGAACAAUGAUAUAAAAAGUAAUAUAAAACUGCUGGUUUCAGGUCUGAUCGUAGAACAACUUUUUCGAGGUCUGCGUUUCAAACAUUAAACCUGUCUCUCUUCGUGGUGUAGCCAAGAGAGAUAACUUCAUUGAAGUGAAUAAGAGUCGGAGAGAAUACGACUGUUGUUGACAUAGAUACGCUUUCAAAUUGAGAAUGACGGAACGUCUCUAGCGAUGAGGACACCGCGCGCACGAAACGAUGUAACGUCAUUUAUCAUCGUGACCACAAUCACGUGAGGCAGACGACCAAGACCACAAUCACGUGAGGCAGACGACUAAGACAAAAAUCACGUGAAGCAGACGACCAAGACCACAAUGACGUAAAAGAAAAGAAUAACAAGACGAUCAGAAACAACAAUUUCUGAUAUAAUGACAAUCUCGAGCCGAACUUUUGACCUGGCCGCGGGAGCAUGCGUGGCAGCGAGCUGUAUCUUCACCGUGGUCAUGGCCGUCUCCACCAGCAUCGUGGCCAAUCAGGACGACUACUACACCGACACCAACUUCACCGUCUUCACCUACCACCUGCCCGAGGACGAGGACAUCAACAGCACGCUGGAGUGGUUCCUCGGCUUCACCGACAUGCCCCCCAACGGCGACGCCUACAACUCCUACGACGUCAUCGGCGAAGGUGGUGGGGGCGACAAGUCGGGGGACGUGACCGGCGGAGGAGGAGGCGACCUUGGCACCAAGGUCAAACCCCUCCUCCCCUCUUCCAAGAACAUCCACGAGAACGACGAGAAGGACAUUGUGGAGCUCUUCUUGGCGCAGGUGGAGAGCUACGACCAGAACAAGGCCAAGUGCACCCCGGGCACGGAGCACAACCUCGGCUCCGGGGUCAUCAAACAGUACGGGCUCAACCGUUUCAAAGCACAGGCCCUCGUCACCGUCAACAGGGCCAACCUGCUCACCCGCAUCUGGAAAGAAGCGGACAACGGGGCGGUCUUCUCGGAGUACCUUUUCUACACGCAGGUGCGCUCCAUCGUCGAGGGCGACCCGGAAAUCUUCGCCGCAGGGAAUUGUUACGACAAGUACGAGUUCCGUGACUACUAUCUGUUCUGUCCUUACUCGUACCGCAUGGAGGACGGCCGGAUCAACGUCAAGGAUCUGUCCUUGGAGUACGACUAUCUAGGGAAUACCUCCAUGUGGUUCUACAGCGCCAGGAUGAAAGCGAAGCACCUGGAAAAUUUCAAUAUGACGAAAGGAGCUGUGCAGUGGCGCUAUAAUGCCACCAACCUGUCACCCCCAGAAGAGGACAGCACCAUCACGGUCACAUACGACGAUGGCCACUGGAGUGAUCCAUAUUUCGACUGCGGGGGUGGAAACAUUUGGAUGAUGACUUAUACUGUGCCCUUUUUUGGAUAUAAAAAUGGAACUUUUAAAUUUAAAGGUACCAGUGGUAUCGACAUUGACCUUCAGAAAGUGGACAUUGACCAGUGUCCAGGGACAAAUGCAGCAGAGGAGAACGUAUUUGCCAACUCGUCCAAAUGUCGCCACCAGACAACACAGUGUGAGCACAUUCCGGGCCUGGGGUUCCGGCGAGGCUCCUACAAGUGUGUCUGCAAGCCAGGCUUCUACUUCCCGUACCUGGAGUCCAGUGAGAAAUAUUUCAAAGGUACAGACGUGGAGGAUGAGAAUGAGAAGAAGAGAAAGGGUUUACCGAAUCGCUACGACACAGACUUUCAAUGUAAGCCCUGCGCCACCGGAUGUGAAGUCUGCAUUGACCAGUCGCCUUGUAUAUUAGCACUCAACUGGAUAUUGCGUUCAAUUCUGCUGGCCAUUUCUGGGCUGAUCAUGUCCUUUCUGCUGGUUCUUGUUUGGUUCACUAUACACUACCGGAAUGUCAAGGUUCUAAAGGCAGCCAGCCCCGUCCUUAUGAGAGUUGUUUUAUUUGGGGCUUUCUUUCUCUAUUGUCCAUCUAUUGUUGGCUACUUCGAGGCCAGUACAGUCACGUGCUGUAUGCGGAUAUGGUUUCGAGAGAUUGGCUUCUCCAUCUCGUAUGGAGCACUGCUGUUGAAAACUUGGAGGAUAUCGGUUGUGUUUCGGGUGAGGUCAGCUCAGAGGAUCAAAAUCUCCGAUGGGGAUCUCAUCAAGAGGCUCGUGGUGAUUGUCUUGGUAUUUGCUGCCUAUUUAACAGCCAGGACCGUCGCCAGCAUGCCUAAAGUAGUGGGAGGGAAAGAUGUAAGUGACUUGAAAGCUUACAUUUGUAACGCUGACUGGUGGGACCAUUCGGCGGCUAUUGCCGAGUUGCUGUUCCUGCUCUGGGGUGUGCGGCUGUGUAUCGUGGUGCGGAAGGCGCCGUCAGAGUUUAACGAAAGUCGAUUCAUAAGUUGGGCAAUUUACAACGAAUUUCUGCUGUCACUUUUCUUAAAUGUAUCUAUGAUAUUUUUAAGGGAUCCAUUUCCUACGAAUCCCGAUUUAAUUUAUUUGGUGCUUUUUAUUCAUACUCAGCUGACCACAACAGUAACAUUAGCAUUUCUGUUUGGCUCUAAAGCCUAUCUUGUGUAUAAGUAUCACGGCAAGAGCCAAGAGCAACAACAGAAUUCAACAACGCUUAGCCGUAAUUCCAAGUACAUUAUGGGCCCGAGGCCCGCCAGCAUGUCCUCCAAUACUGCCGGCAAGAACGGCUACAGCAACGGGGAGGAGGAUGAAUGCGAAAGCUUCUUAGAGAAAGAUAUUCAGGAAGAGUUCCGUCGUCUGUACACGCAGUUGGAGUUAUUAAAGCAAAGAAAUAUGAAAUUAGGAAAUAGACAUUUACAGGUCAAAUUGUCAGCAAUGACAGAGGCGGCACAGAAAGAUGAAGUGGCGUUAGUGGAAACAUCGCCGCCUAUGACACCGAACAUCAACGGAGGCAGACGAAUUAUCAUAAAUCUCGAUGAUUAUCAUGUAUCCACGGAAGUUUAGCGAAUCGUCCAUAAAUAGAUCUAUAAAUCAUCUAUAAAUAAUCAAUUAAAUCCAUCUAUAAAUAUCCCUGCUCGAAAUCAGCAAAACUGUAUAUGGGUAUUUCUUUUAUUUUAAACACGUCUGGGUCAUCGGCUAACGAAUCAAAACCUAGCAAUACUGUCCAGGAAGUGAGCUUGGGGUUUCGAACAUCAUUGUGUUAGCUGUCAGAGAACGACUGGCGCGAAACAGAAUGGCUGACUAUCUAAUGUGUGAAAAGUGAACUCUAAAUGAAAACUUUAGAAAUUGUUUGCAAGUAGUGAAAUUAAAAGUGAACUCUGAGAAUUUCUACCCCGUGAAUUAAUGUAAAUUGUAAUACAUUACAUAGGCACUAGGGCCUGACAUUAGAAUGUAGAGGCCCUUUUCAAUAGGUAAUGAAUUGCCAAGUCAUUUCAUGUAUAAAUCUGAAGAAAUGUAUUUUUUUAAAUAAAAAAUCGCAAGACUUCUACGGCCUAGAAACCCAGUGCGUCCACACGCCCCUUGACCCUAGCAUGGUGGCAUAUCCUAUGUUAACAAUCACACUCUUGACUGAGCUUUAUCGGAGCAUCAUUUUAUCUCUCAAAAUCUUCAAACAAAUAGCAAAUUUAAAUUAUUUGAGACCUUUU